AAUAUAAAAUGCAUAAGACUCAUAUGAUAAGAGUCAUUGCUUCCGCCAACUUCCAUAGACAUUAGGAUGGUAAAGCUUCUUAGGCUAUUAUCGGAGGCCAAAGCAAUCAUCUUCUCCGUUACGAUUCUCAUAGCCAUAAUCUUCGUUUUCUCUGCAAAUUCAUUCGUCCGUAAGGAUUACAAACUAAAGCUAACCAUCAGCAGCAAACCGCUUCACUCCAUAAAAGAUAACGAGAGUACUAAAUUACGUUCCAUCAAUGUAAAAGAAGAGAGAAGAAGAAAGUUUUUUCAGAAAAAAUUGCAGGAAUUGGAGCUUAGCACGUCAGAAAAUGGCGCUCAACGAUUUCACGGCCGAAUUCUAGAGUUUCUUGAUCACAAGUGCGAGGUUCAGUUCUUCAUGAUAUGGAUUUCACCCUUGUCAUCGUUCAGCAGAAGAGAAUUCUUGGCUAUGGAGUCUUUAUUCAAAGCUCAUCCUAAUGGCUGCUUAAUCAUUUUAUCAGCAACUAUGGAUUCAUUAGAAGGAAGUAAAAUCUUGAAACCUUUAACAGAACGUGGUUUUAAAGUUGGUGCAAUUAAACCACAUUUGCAGUUUCUGUUCGAUAAUACUCCGGCCGAAAAAUGGAUUCGGGAUAUGAUGAAUGGGGAGAAGGGUUCCGGUAGGAUUCCGAUUGCGCAGAAUCUUUCGAAUCUGAUUCGACUUGCGGUUAUAUAUAAAUACGGAGGUGUUUACUUGGAUACGGAUUUGAUUAUCUUGAAAAGUUUAAUGGGGUUGAGGAAUUCUAUUGGAGCACAAAGUAUUCAUCCAGUUUCUAAAAAGUGGAGAAGAUUGAAUAAUGCGGUUCUGAUAUUUGAUAGAAAUCAUACACUUGUGUACGAGUUUAUUCAAGAAUUUGCUGAGACUUUUAAUGGAAAUAUAUGGGGACAUAAUGGACCGUACUUGGUCUCGAGAGUGGCGGAGAAAGUGGCCGGAAAACCCGAGUUUAACGUCACUAUCAUGCCACCGGCGGCUUUCUACCCGGUAGAUUGGAAUGGAAUAGGAGGGUUUUUCAAGAAACCGGAAAGCCAGACUGAGUCAAGAUGGGUACAAGAGACGGUUCUUGAGCUUACAAAAGGAAAUAGUUAUGGGGUGCACUUAUGGAAUAAGCUAAGUAGAAGAAUAGGUAUUGAACAAGGAAGUGUCAUGGCUCAAUUAAUCUCUCACCAUUGUAUUAUUUGUGAUUAUGUUUAUAACUUGUGAAGAAUUUUUUAGUAAAAUCCCAAUUGAAAGAUUAAGGUUAUGUAUU